UUCAGAGUAACACGCCGGUAUAACCAGUAAACACAGCACACACAUGUCGGUACAGCAGCAGUAGUAUUAGUAGUAGUAGUAGUAGUAUUUGUAGUAUUAGUUGUGUGUCCUGCCAGUAAACUGGACUCCUGAGCAGUUCAAAUGUCUGAGGCGUCAGACGAAGCUCCUCCUCGUCAGAACUGGAUCCUGCUGCAUCCAGCGUAUCAGCAGAUGAAGGACCUGGAGGUUGAGGACAGCGCUCAGCUGCACGCAGCUUUCCUCGUCUACAUGGAUCUAACGGAGGGUGAGUUGCGUCGGUGGAAGGACGUGUCUAGCCUCAAGAGUCCUGAGCUGCAGUUGGUGUUGUUAGAAGGGAGAGUGAAGGAUGGAGCCCCCAUCCAGACCGUCCUUCCUCUACCUGCUCACCGAUCUCUGUGCCACAGAAGCAUACGACACGUGCUGGACAGAGGCUUUCCCGUGGUGCUGUGUGCGGUGGCAUCGGACUCCACACUAGUCUACCAGAAGAUGACCGAUGGUUUGGUGACACCCGACCCUCCUGUGGGGCCCUUUCAGGACGCCGGGCGCCGGCAGCACCGGAAGAGACGCCAGCCGCACGGAGAAGCUGGAGGGAGGAGGUGAUGAACUAAAGAAAGGACAGAAAGACAUUCUCAGUCUGUGUAAGACAGGUGCAACUGGACUCUUCCAUGGGACAUAUGAGGCGACAGCCUGUGAUUCUCUCUUAAUAAAGCCCUUUUCUAAGACAUGUCCUGCAGAUGAUCUCCCAGAAAACUGGGUCUGGACUUUCUCCACUCUUUGCCUUAAACAUAUGCACAACACAGCAGGAGGUUCUCUGCUCACACGUGUUCACAACAGCAACCAAUUCUUCGCAGGAUUCAGGUGAUGGCUGGAGCAGCAGGCACAGGCAGGAUGUCGCGUAUUCCCCUGCGGAGAUCACAUGAUCGUCUGGGUCUUCUACGUUUAUGCCUCCACUUUUUCACCAUGAGUUUUUUCUUUUCUUUUUGUGUUUUAUAUUUUUGCGUCUGUCGCGCAACCCCCCAUUCACUCGCAGUGAAUCCAGCAGAGUAUCUCCUGCUGUGUUCUCACAUCGUGUCCUUACGUACUGUCUGCAGACUUCAUACUAGAGGGCCAGGCAGAGAAGGUCCACAGGAACUCUGGAGCCUCCCACUUGGAAAUUUGCAUUCACACAUUCACGUCUCCGGAGGAUCUCUGGAGUUCACUGCAUGAGUUGGCUGCAUUACAACAUCGUCCAACUGUUGGUGAACUGAGGCUGAUGCACAUAUUGAUAUCUGCAAGUUAUAUCAAAUGAUAAUCAAGAGAUGCAACACAUUAA